AUGACGCAAGACACCAGCCGAGCCCCAAGGGACAACCCCACACACAAGCCCAUAGUAGAAACCCCAAAGGACAACCCGCAACAAGCCCACAGUAAAAAACCCCACAACCCUAGUAAAAACCCAAAAGACAACCCUACACAAGCCCACAGUAAAACCCCCAAAGGACAACCCAAAGGACAACCCCACCACAAACCCACGACCCAAAUCCCCGCCCACGACACCACCCCACGACACCCGCCCACGACACCAAACCGCAGUUCAGAGCCCACGCCACGCCCCCCAAAGCGCCAGCCCGACCCGCCCAAGACGCGUCGAAGGUCUCGCCAGCGCCCCCUUCAUCAUGUCUGA